AGCCGCCAGACUUCCUGCCGAAGUCCGAGCCCCCUCCCAGGGCUGGAGGGGGCAGGUGGGUUCCGAGGUGCAAAGCCUGGUGCCCCGCGCCCUGCGGAGCUCGCGGCCAGCAUGGCCCCCACGCUGCAACAGGCGUACCGGAGGCGCUGGUGGAUGGCCUGUACGGCUGUGCUGGAGAACCUCUUUUUCUCUGCUGUGCUCCUGGGCUGGGGCUCCCUGCUGAUCAUGCUGAAGAACGAGGGCUUCUAUUCCAGCAUGUGCCCAGCUGAGAACAGCACCAACAGCACCCAGGAAGAGCAGCGCAGGUGGCCGGGCUGUGACCGGCAGGAUGAGAUGCUCAACCUGGGCUUCACCAUCGGUUCCUUUGUGCUCAGUGCCACCACCCUGCCAUUGGGGAUCCUCAUGGACCGCUUUGGCCCUCGACCCGUGCGGCUGGUUGGCAGUGCCUGCUUCGCUGCGUCCUGCACCCUCAUGGCCCUGGCCUCCCGGGACGUGGAAGUUCUGUCUCCAUUGAUAUUCCUGGCGCUGUCCCUGAAUGGCUUUGGUGGCAUCUGCCUAACGUUCACUUCACUCACGUUGCCCAACAUGUUUGGGAACCUGCGCUCCACGUUAAUGGCCCUCAUGAUUGGCUCUUAUGCUUCUUCUGCCAUCACAUUCCCAGGAAUCAAGCUGAUCUACGAUGCCGGUGUGGCCUUCGUGGUCAUCAUGUUUACCUGGUCUGGCCUGGCCUGCCUUAUCUUUCUGAACUGCGCCCUCAACUGGCCCGUCGAAGCCUUUCCUGCCCCUGAGGAAGUCAAUUACACGAAGAAGAUCAAGCUGAGUGGGCUGGCCCUGGACCACAAGGUGACAGGCGACCGCUUCUACACCCAUGUGACCACCGUGGGCCAGAGGCUGAGCCAGAAGGCCCCCAGCCUGGAGGACGGGUCAGAUGCCUUCAUGUCGUCCCAGGAUGUUCCCGGCACCUCAGAAAACCCUCCUGAGAGGUCCGUCCCCUUCCGCAAGAGCCUCUGCUCCCCCAUUUUCCUGUGGAGCCUCCUCACCAUGGGCAUGACCCAGCUGCGGAUCAUCUUCUACAUGGCUGCCAUGAACAAGAUGCUGGAGUACCUUGUGACUGGAGGCCAGGAGCAUGAGAUGAAUGAACAGCAGCAACAAAAGGUGGCAGAGACAGUUGGGUUCUACUCCUCCAUCUUCGGGGCCAUGCAGCUGUUGUGCCUUCUCACCUGCCCCCUCAUUGGCUACAUCAUGGAUUGGCGGAUCAAGGACUGCGUGGACGCCCCAACUCAGGGCACUGUCCUCGGAGAUGCCAGGGACGGGGUUGCUACCAAAUCCAUCAGACCACGCUACUGCAAGAUCCAAAAGCUCACCAAUGCCAUCAACGCCUUCACCCUGACCAACCUGCUGCUUGUGGGUUUUGGCGUCACCUGCCUCAUCAACAACUUACACCUCCAGUUUGUGACCUUUGUUCUGCACACCAUUGUUCGAGGUUUCUUCCACUCGGCCUGUGGGAGUCUCUAUGCUGCAGUGUUCCCAUCCAACCACUUUGGGACGCUGACAGGCCUGCAGUCCCUCAUCAGUGCCGUGUUCGCCUUGCUUCAGCAGCCACUUUUCAUGGCGAUGGUGGGACCCCUGAAAGGAGAGCCCUUCUGGGUGAAUCUGGGCCUCCUGCUAUUCUCACUCCUGGGAUUCCUGUUGCCUUCCUACCUCUUCUACUACCGUGCCCGGCUCCGGAAGGAGUACACUGCCAAUGGGAUGGGCCCACUGAAGGUGCUUAGUGGCUCUGAGGUGACUGCAUAGACUUCUGAGACCAAGGGACCUGCAUGACAGGCAAUCAAGGCCUGAGCAACCAAAAGGAGUGCCUCAUAUGGCUUUUCUACCUGUAACAUGCACAUAGAGCCAUGGCCGUGGAUUUAUAAAUACCAAGAGAAGUUCUAUUUUUGUAAAGACUGCAGAAAGGAAAAAAAAAAAAAACCUGCAAAAAGGUCCCCCAAAGCAACGCUCCAUUGACUGAAGACAGUCCCUGUCCUAGAGGGGUGGAGCCUUCUUCCUCCUUGGGUUGGAGGAGACCAGGAUGUGGAGCUGCCUCUUAUCUCUUUCUAGGGGUCUGCUUCCUGGUGCCUCUUGGGGGGAUCUGCAAACAGGCUAUCCCUAAGGUCCCAUGUGCCAUGAGUAUGCACACGUGCAUGUGUCUGUGUGUGUGCGAAUGUGAGAGAGACACAGCCCUCCUUUCAGAAGGAAAGGGGCCUGAGGUGCCAACUGUGUCCUGGGUUGGGGGUUGAGGGUCGGCCCCUUCCAGGGGCAGGAGGGCGGGUUCCCUCUCUGGUGCUGCUUCUUGCAAGUCUUAGAGGAAAUAAAAAGGGAAGUGAGAGACU